AUGCGAUCACUGCGAGAGCCGGGCCCUCAGAUCACUGCGAGAGCCGGGCCCUCAGAUCACUGCGAGAGCCGGGCCCUCAGAUCACUGCGAGAGCCGGGCCCUCAGAUCACUGCGAGAGCCGGGCCCUCAGAUCACUGCGAGAGCCGGGCCCUCAGAUCACUGCGAGAGCCGAGCCCUCAGAUCACUGCGAGAGCCGGACCCUCAGAUCACUGCGAGAGCCGGGCCCACAGAUCACUGCGAGAGCCGGGCCCUCAGAUCACUGCGAGAGCCGGGCCCUCAGAUCACUGCGAGAGCCGGGCCCUCAGAUCACUGCGAGAGCCGGGCCCUCAGAUCACUGCGAGAGCCGGGCCCUCAGAUUACUGCGAGAGCCGGGCCCUCAGUUCACUGCGAGAGCCGGGCCCUCAGAUCGCUGCGAGAGCCGGGCCCUCAGAUCGCUGCGAGAGCCGGGCCCUCAGAUCGUUGCGAGAGCCGGGCCCUCAGAUCGCUGCGAGAGCCGGGCCCUCAGAUCGCUGCGAGAGCCGGGCCCUCAGAUCACUGCGAGAGCCGGGCCCUCAGAUCACUGCGAGAGCCGGGCCCUCAGAUCACUGCGAGAGCCGGGCCCUCAGAUCACUGCGAGAGCCGGGCCCUCAGAUCACUGCGAGAGCCGGGCCCUCAGAUCACUGCGAGAGCCGGGCCCUCAGAUCACUGCGAGAGCCGGGCCCUCAGAUCACUGCGAGAGCCGGGCCCUCAGAUCACUGCGAGAGCCGGGCCCUCAGAUCACUGCGAGAGCCGGGCCCUCAGAUCACUGCGAGAGCCGGGCCCUCAGAUCACUGCGAGAGCCGGGCCCUCAGAUCACUGCGAGAGCCGGGCCCUCAGAUCACUGCGAGAGCCGGGCCCUCAGAUCACUGCGAGAGCCGGGCCCACAGAUCACUGCGAGAGCCGGGUCCUGAGAUCACUGCGAGAGCCGGGCCCUCAGAUCACUGCGAGAGCCGGGCCCUGAGAUCACUGCGAGAGCCGGGCCCUGAGAUCGCUGCGAGAGCAGGGUCCUGA